CCACUUCCGAAGAGUAAACCUGCUCUCCAUAUUUGCUUUACAGAUUCCUGGAAUAUUGGAAUUACAUUGAAACUGAAAGCGUCAUCCAGACUGAUCGCUGUGCGGCCCUUGGUAUUUUUUGAAAAUAGCUGAAGGGGGCAGUAUUACAAACUCUGGAAUAGACGGCAACAUAUUUUCGACAUCGAAGAACAAGAUUCGUUUGUCUCCCUUUUUUUUAGCUGUCAUUGUCUGGUCAGACUACGCUGCAAGUAAACGAGGGAGCAGUCUUUUCCGAACAGAGCUGGCCACGUGUAGAACUGCACGCACUGUCUUUGCUGUGAACGCUUCCGGCUGGCAGGCCGCGAGCGCGGAACCGUCGCAACGGUCAGCGCGAGGCUCGCGGGCACUGGGCAGGUACGGGGGCCGCAGGUAACUCGGUGCGCAGUGAAAGAUGGAGGAUGAUGAGUUCGGAGGAUUUGAGGCAGCAGAGAGCUUUGAAGAUGGUGAAAUGGGAACACAGUCAGUCUCACCAGCCAUCCCCUGGGCAGCAUUUUCUACAGUAGGACAGGCAUUGGAACUGGCUCAAAAUUCUUCAGAUGUCCCUGAGCACGUGACUGCAAAAUCUGUUGGAAGCUGCACUGUAGAAGCUGUCUCUCUUCCAGAAGAUGAGUCUAACUACACCUUGAAAGCUGAAUCAGAGGAAAAUGCCGUUUUGGAGCAAGGAACAUUAAUGGAAGAGGGCAAACAUGUUCAACAAAGGUCCCAACCAUCAUUGAACAUUUUACCUGCAUUAACAAGCUUACCCGAGAAAAGAGAUCCACAAUCUGGGGAUGUUCUUGCAGGCCACAUGGUGGCUGUAGAAACAAACAAAGUGGAAACAUGCUACAAAGAAACAUUAGAAAAUAUCGAAUCACAGCUUUCUACUGCAGAUGAAAAGGAGCUCAGAAUAAAACAGGAAAUGUUUGAGAAGUUUUCAAAGUUAGAGGAACAUCUGCAAGAAGGAAAAACAGAGGAAAUUUCAUAUGAAGAUUCUUAUAAUCAGCUCCAGGAUAAACACAAACAAGAGCUGGAAGACCUGAGGAAAGCUGGCCAUGAUGCCCUAAGCAUUAUCAUUGAAGAAUUUAAGGCAUUAACAAAGUCUGCUGUGCAACAGCAGCAAGAAGCAAGCAGAAAACACCUUCAAUCAGCCAUAGAGAGGCAAAUGCAGAAGUGUGAAGAAUUGCUCAACACACAGCAUGAACGACUGCUUGACUUACUGGAGAAAGAAAAAUGUGUCUUACAAAAUAAGUUAAAGGAAACUUUGGAGGAACAAACAAAACAGCACAAGGAUACACUUGAAAGAUGUAUUGCUGAAGAAAGACUACGAAGCACCGAGGCAAUGGGAGAAGUUGUAAAGGCAGAAAAGGAAAUCAUUACGGAGGCUGUUUUGAAAGCUGUGCAAGAGGAGAGAGAAAGGAUGGAAAAGAUCCAGCUGGAAAAAAGAGAACUAUGGGAAAUUGAGCGUUGUAAGGACCAAGAAAAAUUUGAACAGUCUAUCCAAGCAGCAUUCCAAGAAGAGAGGGAAAAAAAUCAGGAGGCCAUAAGAGAAGCUGUAAACCAUGAAAGAAGAAGAGCUGAGAAAGCUAUAACAGAGGUAAUUCAUAAAGCAAGGGAGGACACGAUUAAAUACAUCAAAGAGCAAAAAAGGCUUGACCAAGUGGCUCGUCAGCGUAACUUAGCCAGUUUGGAACUGUUUCUGUCAUGUGCACAGAGACAGUUAUCUGCUCUAUUGGAAGAUACACCAGUAGCUACAGAACAAGACAGCGAGCAACCUUGAGUAGAUCAAACACAAAGCAAGUAAAACAAACACAGUUUAGCAAUAAAUCUGACACCACCCACUUUUGUUUCUGUACUUAUGGAAAUGUCAUUCCCUGUUAUGCAUGCCGGUUUAAAAAUGUUUCCUUUAUACUAACUAUUUUACAGACUGUCCCAGACUAUUUCAUCUGUAUAUAAGAGAAAAGUCACAUAAUUGCACAGUGCAAGAUAAUUGAACACUAAUUAAUAAAGGAUGCCAUGUUUAAAGUGUACAAACACUAACUUUACACAAAAGAUACCAACCCGUAGCAUGCAUAUGAAUUGUAAAAUAUUAGUUUUACGGGCACUGUAAUAUAUGACUUAUAAACAACAGGUUUAUUCAGUCUCCAUGAUUGAUUGCAAUUGUUACUAGAUGUGUAUUUCUUCACCAUAUAUGUAAUUUACACCAGAUUGAGAGGUAUUAAAUUACAAGAACCUCGAUCUGGCCUUGAGAAAGUUUUGGGUAUCUGCAGAGAAAAAUCUUUUGUGUCUAGAAAGAAAAAACAUAUUUUAUUUCAGCUCUUCAAUAUUUUGAUUUUUGUAAGUUUGUAAUCCCUCUUGGAAUGCCCUUCUAAUUGUUUAGUUCUUGGCUUAAAUUCAAAUUGAAUCCAACACCACAACAUACAAAACUUACAUUUUAUUUAGAUGAAGUGAUCACAUGGUCAGUGCUAGAAAAGUGGAAUUAUUGUCCGAGAUUAUGCAAUGGUAAUAGUGAGGAAGCUGUCUAUAUUCACCAUCGUUGUUGCUUGAAACUGGAAGAAACCUCAGGUAUCGACACCUGUAGAAAAACGUGAAAAUUUAGAAGUUAAUGUCAUUAAGUACCCAUAGGACAUAAUUAUUCUCUCAAAGUGAAGCCUCCAAUACAAUCAUCAUAAAACGUGGCACUUUUGCAUGGUUAAUCUUGGUACAAAAUUCAUGAAAAUGUUGGAUCUUAUUGGUUGGGCUUUAACCAUGUUUUAAAUUGCAGACUAACUGCACAAUUGUUACUAAGCCCUUCUUGCCCUAAAAACUAUUUUCUUAUU